AAUUUGCCUACAACGAAAACGCCUACUGCAGCGGUUUACUGGGAGGUGGUGUCCAUUUUAUUUACAACACUAAAUAUUACGUUUCUUAUAUUUUACUGGCGUUAAACCCUUUAAAGAGGGUCUCCCGAGAUGAGCAGUUCAGAGGAAGUGUCAUGGAUCUCCUGGUUCUGUGGACUGAGGGGAAACGAGUUUUUCUGUGAGGUGGAUGAGGACUACAUCCAGGACAAGUUCAACCUGACUGGGCUCAAUGAGCAGGUUCCCCACUACCGCCAGGCCCUGGACAUGAUCCUGGACCUAGAACCAGGUCAGCCCAACUCCAGAACCAUCUCUACUGCACUCGGAAAUGAGGAGCUGGAGGACAACCCCAACCAGAGUGACCUCAUAGAGCAGGCAGCGGAGAUGCUUUACGGGCUGAUCCACGCACGAUACAUCCUCACCAACAGGGGCAUUGCUCAGAUGUUGGAGAAGUAUCAACAGGGGGACUUUGGCUACUGCCCCCGUGUCUAUUGUGAGAACCAGCCCAUGCUGCCCAUUGGUCUGUCAGAUAUCCCAGGCGAGGCUAUGGUGAAGCUCUAUUGCCCUAAGUGUAUGGACGUGUACACGCCCAAGUCCUCCCGGCACCACCACACAGACGGGGCCUACUUUGGCACUGGAUUCCCCCACAUGCUCUUCAUGGUGCACCCCGAGUACAGGCCCAAGAGGCCCGCCAACCAGUUUGUGCCUAGGCUUUAUGGAUUCAAGAUUCACCCCAUGGCCUACCAGCUCCAGCUGCAAGCAGCCUCCAGCUUCAAGAGCCCUGUCAAAGCCAUCCGCUAAUGCCCAGAGAGAAAGAGAAGGGAGAGAAGAUGAUGAUUGAGGGGACGGGUCAGCUGCACCAAGCUCCAUACAGAUGCCUCCUCCCCGUACUGCAGAUUUUAUUAUUUUGUUUAGGUUAGGACGUUUAAAUGUGAGCGAGACAAACGCACAGGUUCUAUCCCAAACCCUCACACACACACACACUUAGAAUUACAUGCAUCUGUUACCAAACUCAACAGUGCCAAAACAGAAAAGAUGGAGGGAAAGAAAGUCCAUGGAUGUUAUUGGAUUUGACGCUACUGUUUCCUUUUGUGAUAUUACCCCAUUUUGCUCCGAUGAUGAACUCUCGCCAUGUUCUGUUUGUUUUCUGUUCUGUCUUUGGCACGGUUUGGUAAAGGGUCGUGGUAGACCGUCACCACUGGUUGAAUAGCAAUCCCUGCUCUACCCCCAUAUGCAUGUACACUGGCUGGCUCUCACAGAGACUACUUGGUCGAUGAUAAGGACAAAAUCUGUCACUAAGGGUGUUGCCAUUUCACCUGCUCCUGUAAACCAUUGUUUUACCAAGUCACACACUCAGGCUUGUAUCACUCUUUUAUUGUGUGACACUCACUGAGGCUAGUGUGUCAAGGUGGUCAUUCACAAUAGUGUUCUGUCAAAUUUGCCUUAAACAGACGCACGGGCGCUGUGGUUUGUGGUUUACAGGAAGUUCGAGUCUAGGACACAUUAUAGCUUUGAAUUUGUAUAUGUGCGAUGUAGGAUAGACACAAUUAAACCUGAAAUGAAUUAAAUGUUCUAGAAUGACCCAGAAAAGACAUACCAACCUACCUACUGUCUCUGUGUGAGUCACCCAAAACAACAGUCUUGUUUGUGCUGGUACUGCACGGUGAGAAUGUCAGCUCUGUCACAUGUUGCUGGGCUGGUUUCACUACAACAGGACUCAUCUCUCUCCACAGCGGGCACUGACUUGACUGGUGACCCUUCACACAUAAUAUAAAUAUUUAUGUAAAAUAUAGCGACAGAAAAUCUGCUUCUAUUUGGGGAGAAGUGUUUUGUUUGUGAUGUAGGGGUUUCAUCACCCUACUGCACAUGUGCGUUUGAGUCCUUGUGGCAAAAAGUAGAAUGCUUGGUAUAUGAUUUGAUUUCAGAACAAUAAGGAUGCAUUUGUCAAGAUUAGAAUGAAUGUACAGUACCUGUCAAGUUUGGACAUACCUACUCAUUCAAGGGUUUUCUUUAUUUUUAUUAUUUUCUACAUUGUACAAUAAUAGUAAAGACAUCAAAACUAUGAAAUAACACAUGGAAUCAUGUAGUAACCAAGAAAGGGAAACAAAUUAAAAUAGAUUUUUAGAUUCUUCUAAGUAGCUGCCCUUUACCUUGAUGACAGCUUUGCACAUGUAAUUCUCUAAACCAGCUUCAUGAGGGAGUCACCUGGAAUGCUUUUCCAACAGUCUUGAAGGACUUCCGAGCGGCGCAGCGGUCUAAGGCACUGCAUCUCCAUGCUAGAGGCGUCACUACAGACCCUGGUUUGAUUCCAGGCUAUAGGGCAGCGCACAAUUGGUCCAGUGUCGUCCGUCUUAGGGUUUGGCCGGGGUAGGCUGUUAUUGUAAAUAAGAAUUUGUUCUUAACUAACUUGCCUUGUUAAAUAAGGGUUAAAUAAAAAAGGACUUCCCACAUAUGCUGAGCACUUGUUGGCUGCUCUUCCUUCACUCUGCAGUCCAACUUUUCCCAAACCAUCUCAAUUGGGUUGGGGUUGGGUGAUUUUGGAGGCCAGGUCAUCUGAUGCAGCACUCCAUCACUCUCCUCCUUGGUCAAAUAGCCCUUACACAGCCUGGAGGUAUGUUUGGGUCAUUGUCCUGUUGAAAAACAAAUGAUAAUCCCACUAAGCGCAAACCAGAUGGGAUGGCGUAUUGCUGUAGAAUGCUGUGGUAGCCAUGCUGGUUAAAUGUGCCUUGAAUUCUUAAAAACAAAUCACAGACGGUGUCACCAGCAAAACACUAUCACACCUCCUUCAUGCUUUACCUUGGGAACCACACAUGCGGAGAUUACCCGUUCACUUGGCAUUCUCUCACAAAGACAUGGCGGUUGGAACCAUUAAUCUUAAAUUUGGACUCCUCAGAUCAAGGGACAGAUUUCCACCAGUCUAAUGUCCAUUGCUCGUGUUUCUUGGCCCAAGGAAGUCUAUUCUUAUUAUUGGUGUCCUUUAAUAGUGGUUUCUUUGCAGCAAUUCGACCAUGGCCUGAUUCAUGCAGUCUCUGUUUCUGUGAAGCAUUUAUUUCGGCUGCAAACUGAUGUGCAGUUAAUUGCCAAUUUCUGAGACUGGUAACUAAUGAAUUUAUCCUCUGCAGGAGAGGUAACUGGGUCUUCCUUUCCUGUGGUCCUCAUGAGAGUCAGUUUCAUCAUAGCGCUCAUGAUUUUUGCAACUGCACUUGGAAAAACUUUCAAACUUCUUGAAAUGUAUAUAUUGACUGACCUUCAUGUCUUAAAGUAAUGAUGGACUGUUGUUUCUCUUUGCUUAUUUGAGCUGUUCUUGCCAUAAUAUGGACUUGGUCUUUUACCAAAUAGAGCUAUCUUCUCUAUACCACCCCUACCUUGUCACAACACAACUGAUUGGCUCAAACGCUUUAAGAAAUAAAGAAAUUCCACAAAUUAACUAUUAACAAGGCACAACUGUAAAUUGAAAUGCAUUCCAGGUGACUACGUCAUGAUUGCUGGUUGAGAGAAUGCCAAGAGUGUGCAACGCUGUCAUCAAGGCAAAGGGUGAAUACUUUGAAGAAUCUCAAAUAUAUUUUCAUUUGUUUAACACUUCUUUUUUUAUGUCUUCACUAUUAUUGUACAAUGUAGAAAAUAGUAAAAAUAAAGAAAACCCUUGAAUGAG